GAGGACAACGAAGCCCAUGAAGAUCUUAGUCCUCCUAACUCUAGAGAUGAGGAGAUAUGUCACCAAACAAGGGCUUUGACUAUUAGAUAUGACCCUGGCUGUGAUCAUAGAGAAUUGCAAUUUCAGUUAGGCAUGAGAUUUGAGUCUCAUACUCAAUUUAAGAGGGCAGAUCGGAAAUAUGCAAUCAUGAACGGCUACAACAUUUGUUGGAAGAAAAGUGAAUUUAAAAAGAUGUAUGCGAAGUGUGUGAGCGGAUGUGAAUGGUCUCUUUAUGGCGGUUGGUUGAACAAAGAGAAAACAUUUGUCAUCAAGACAAUUGGUGAAGACCAUACUUGCCCUAGAAGUAUGAGAAAUAAAAGUGCAUCUUAUGUAUGGCUUGCAGAAGAGUUCUUGCCUAAGAUAAGAACUAAUUUGAAAUAUCUUGCAGCACAAUUGCAAGCGGAUGCAAUGGAGAUGUGGGGACUCACGCUCAACAAAAGAACCUGUUAUAGAGCAAUUGCCAGAGCUCUUAAGAUUAUUAGGGGUCCAUUUGCCGAGCAAUAUAAGUUAUUGGCAUCUUAUAAAGCUCAAUUAAAGCAAUCUAGUAAGAACAGCACAUUUCAUGUUUUACUUAGACACCCACAAAACAUGUUCAAGAGAUUUUAUGUAGGCUUCGAAGGGCUGAAAAUGGGCUGUCUAGAAGGUUGUAGGAAAGUAAUUGGACUAGAUGGUUGUUUUAUUAAGACCGUAGUAAGGCAGAUACUACUUUGUCUUGUUGGAAGAGAUGGAAACAAUCAAAUGUUUCCGGUUGCAUGGGCUGUUGUUGAAGCAGAGACACAAGACGGUUGGACUUGGUUCCUCAAGUUUCUAUUUUGAGAUCUUCAAGUAGGUAGAGGUGAUUGUUGGACCUUCAUUAGUGAUCAACAAAAGGGCCUUAUUAGUGCGGUUUCUUCAUUGGCUCCUUGUGCUGAACAUAGGAAUUGUUCAAGGCACAUUUAUGCAAAUUGGAAAAAACUAUACAAGGGAGAAACAUUUCGAAAUUACUUACGGAAAGCUGCAUAUGCUACAUACGAGGCUGAAUUCAACAUAGCAAUUAAAGGAAUGAAGGAGGAGUCUGUUGAUGCCUAUGAAGACUUCAUGAGACAAGGGCCAGAGCACUUUGCCGGGGCAUUCAUAAAGGCUGGGCGAAAAUGUGAUGCCAUCGAGAACAAUUUGAGUGAGACUUUCAAUGCGUAUAUUUGCAAGCAAAGAGAGAUGCCAAUUGUUGAUAUGUUAGAAGCGAUAAGAACGACUUUGAUGGUAAGAAUGUAUGAGAAAAGCCAGUUGAUGGUGGAUUCCCGAGAUGAAUUGUGUCCAAGAAUUAGGGGAAAGGUAGAGGAAGCAAAGAUGAAGUCCGGGUGUUGUGUUGCCAAACCAUGUAUUGGGGGAAAGUUUGAAGUUGAAGUUGAUGAUGAUCGAUUUGAGGUGGAUUUGAGAGGGAUGACAUGUACUUGUAGGCAAUGGGAUAUCUCGGGAAUACCCUGUAGCCAUGCUAUCUCGUGCAUCAAUUAUAUGAAGCAUGAGAUUAAUCAAUAUGUUGAUGAUUGUUUCAAAAAAGAAGCUUACGAAAGAUGCUACCGAUUUCCAUUGCCGACGUUGAGUGGGAAGAAAAUGUGGCCAUUGUCCCUUGAAGAGCCAAUAUUGCCUCCGCCAUUCGGAAAGCUUCCGGGGAGACCCAAGAAACAACGCAAUAAGCAAGGUGAGAAUAUUGAGAAAAGGACAAGAAAGGGGAAGGCCAUGGUUCAUCCAAAUACUGAUCCAAAUAAAUUGACAAAAGUCGGGGUAAUCAUCUCAUGCUCAAACUGUCAUGACUCGGGACACAAUAAGAGAACAUGCCUCAAGCCUCUAGCACCAACACAGAUUAAACCUCCGGUAAGAAAUAAUGGAGACAAAGAAAACUUACAUAUGGCCCAAGCUUCUAGUAUCAACAUGGCCUUGUGACGAUAAUUACUGUAACUUAUACUUACUUUUCUAUGCGGGGUAAAAAGGGAAGACCAAGAAAACAUCCGAGACCAGCCAUGGUGAAAGGGACAUCUACCGGACAAGGAG